CACUCCUAACUUUAAAAGAAAAAAAAAAAAAGGGAAGAAAGAAAAAAAAGAAAAACCUAUUUAGUAGUUGAAAAUGGUUGAGAACACAUAGAGGUGGCAAAAACUAAUUCAAAAAACAGGUAGCAGCUAUAAAUACAGUCUCAUCAAAGUCUUCCAUAAACAUGUUCUUCAUCAGUUUCUUUAUGAGCUUUGUUUAGCACUUGAGGCUUUAGAGCUACCAAAAAAGAUUCCUUUUAUUUUGACCUUCAAAACAGAAAAAUGGGUGGGAAUUCACCGUGUGCCUCAUGCAAGCUUCUGAGACGCAGGUGCACCAAAGAUUGUGCAUUUGCUCCUUAUUUCCCUGCUGAUGAACCCCACAAGUUUGCCAUAGUCCACAAAGUUUUUGGCGCUAGCAACGUUAGCAAAAUGUUGCAGGAACUUCCGGUGGAGCAAAGAGCAGAUGCAGUGAGCAGCCUAGUGUACGAGGCGAAUGCGAGGGUCCGGGAUCCGGUGUACGGGUGUGUCGGAGCCAUAUCAUACCUUCAAAACCAAGUCUCAGAGCUUCAAAUGCAGCUAGCAGUUGCUCAAGCAGAGAUACUCUGCAUCCAGAUGCAGCAGCAAGUAGAAGAAGAUCCACCAGUGAUGAUGAUGAUGAUGCCACCACCUCAACUCUCAAAUGAAAAUGAACUCUCUCAUCAUCACUACUUUACUACUUUUGGAUCUUCUUCUACCAACAAUGUAAUUCAUGAUUCCUUCAAGAGACAAAGUGUUUUUGGACAUGACAUGGUUUCUUGAAUAAUAUUAUUACACACCAAUUAGUAUGUGUUUUAAUUUGUCACACAUUUUUAAAAGGUUUAAAUAAUAAAACAUUCCUUUUGUUAAUUUUUA